AUGUUUAACGAAUCAUCAUCACCGAUAAAUUCAUCUUUUAAAGAAAACAAUUCUGAUACAAGUAAAAAAAGAUCCAGAUCUACAAAAGGAUUUAAUAAUGACCAGCCAGCUAAAAAAACAAAGUUUCAAGAAAAUUCACCUUCUGAUCAAAAUUUUUCAGAUAAUGAAUCACACAUUGAAUUAGAUAAUGAUUUGGAUAUUUCAACUACAUCAUCGCAUAGUCUAGAAACCGUCUUGGAAAUCAAAAACUUGGAUGGUCAACAAACCCAACAAACUAUCACACCAAAAAUUUUUGAUUCAGAUAACAUUCAACCUAUAUUGGCUGAUAUUUUUCAAGAAGAAUCAACCAGGACUGUUGCUUUUGUGCCUAGUUUUAUGUCAGAGGGAGAGCCACUUGAAGUCGAAGAUGUUAUAAUAAGUCAUCAGGUUCGGCAUCAAGUUGCGAUUCCUCCUGGUUAUAAUUAUAUUCCACUUUCUAAACACGUUUCGCCCGCAGAGCCUGCAAGAAUAUAUCCAUUUGAAUUGGAUCCAUUUCAAAAAGUUGCAAUACAAUGUAUAGAAAGAUUUGAAUCAAUUCUAGUUAGUGCACACACUUCUGCUGGAAAGACAGUUGUUGCAGAAUAUGCUAUCGCGCAAGCUUUGAAAAAUAAACAAAGAGUCAUUUACACCACCCCAAUAAAGGCUUUAAGCAAUCAAAAAUACAGAGAAUUAGAAAAUUCUUUUGGUGACGUUGGAUUGAUAACUGGUGAUGUUACUAUUAAACCUGAUGCAAGUUGUUUAGUGAUGACUACAGAGAUACAUUAUAUGAAAGAUAAAGUCCGUGGUGUAGUUUGGGAAGAAACUAUUAUUCUUUUAUCGCACCAAAUUCAUCUUGUGUUUUUAUCUGCAACAAUUCCAAACGCUAUGGAAUUUGCAGAGUGGAUAUGUAAAAUACAUGCAGAACCAUGCCAUGUUGUAUAUACUGAUUUCCGUCCAACACCUUUACAGCAUUAUAUUUAUCCUUGUGUAAGUGACGGUAUUUUCAUGAUUGCAGAUGAAAAAGGAAAUUUUCACCAAGAAAAUUUUACAAAAGUAAUAGGGAUGUUGGAUGUAGGUGCUAACACUAAUGCUGAAUAUAUUGAUUAUAAAGGAAAGAAAAAAUCAACACUACCACAAACAAUAAAAGGCCCAUCCGAUGUUUACAAAAUAGUAAAUAUGGUUAUGCUAAAAAAAUAUGAUCCAGUGAUAUUUUUUACUUUUAGUAGAAAAGAAUGCGAGAAUUUGGCACUGCAUAUAAAUCAUUUGGAUUUAAAUACUGAUGAAGAAAAGGAUUUAAUACAACAAGUAUUUGACAAUGCACUUAACUUAAUUCCUGAAGAUGAUCAAAAUAUACCACAAAUUGAACACAUGUUACCAUUUUUAAAGCGUGGUGUUGCAAUUCAUCAUUCAGGAUUAUUACCGUUUCUUAAAGAGGUUGUUGAAUUACUUUUCCAAGAAGGAUUAAUUAAAGUUCUUUUUGCGACUGAGACAUUCUCAAUGGGUCUUAAUAUGCCUGCUAAAACUGUUAUAUUCUCUGAUAUUAAAAAGUUCGAUGGUGAAGUUUUAACUUCUGGUGAAUAUAUUCAAAUGUCUGGUCGAGCUGGUAGAAGAGGUCUUGAUACAAGAGGAAUUGUAAUAAUUAUGGCAAGAGAAAAAUUAGAACCAUCAGUUGUUAAAGGAAUGAUGACGGGCGAACCUGAUAAUAUAUACUCUGCAUUUCAUUUGAAAUAUAAUAUGAUCUUAAAUAUGACAAGAGUUGAAGGAAUUAGUCCUGAUUAUAUUCUCCAGAGAAGUUUCUAUCAAUUUCAAAAUACAUCAGGAUUACCAAAACUUGAUGCAGAACUUCAGAGACUAGAAAAAGAAUAUAAAGAAAUUGAUAUACCUGAAGAAGAAGAAAUUAAAGAGUAUUACAAUAUUCGUUCACUAUUAGAUACAUAUACUCAUGAAAUAAGGAAUACUAUAAACCAUCCACUUAAUAUUCUGAAAUACAUGAAGCCUGGUCGUUUAGUUUGGAUAAAACAUGCAAAUGCGGAUUUUGGCUGGGGUAUGGUAGUUUCUUGGGGAAAAAGAAAGAGUCCCACUGAUGAAACAAUAAAAGAAUUAAAAUCAGUGGAGGAUAAAUCAGAUUUGAAUCAAGUAGUGGUUGAAAAUUUAAUAGAAAAUUCAAAUCAUCAAGAGCUUUUUUUACCUCCGGAUCAUUAUUUUGUUGAUGUAAUGUUAAAUUGUGAAUCUGAUGAAUCACAUGUUGCUAAACCAGCAGAUGAUAAAAUAAUUACUGCAAAACCUUACAGUGGAAAUGGUUUAGGAGAGAUGAUGAUUGUUCCUGCUGAUUUUUCUACUAUUAAUUAUAUAAGUCAAAUAUGUAUCUUUCCACCCAAGGAUCUAACACAUGAUGAUUGUAAAAAGACAGUAUACAAUAGUAUAAUGGAUAUUAAAGAAAAAUUUGCUGAAGGAAUACCACUUUUAGAUCCAAUAGAGCAUAUGGGUAUUGAAGAAGAGAACUUUCAAAGACUAAUAAAAAAAAUUGAGGUUUUAGAAACAAAACUUGUGACCAAUAAACUCCACAAUACAGACAAACUACCUAAGCUAUAUGAACUACACUGUAAAAAGAAUGAGCUCAAACUUAAGAUAAAAUCGUUAAAAAAGACAAUUAAUAUUGCAGAAUCUAUUUUACAACUUGAUGAUCUUAGGCGCCGUAAGAGAGUUCUUCGUCGAUUAGGAUAUUUAUCAGAAAAUGAUGUUGUUACAAUUAAAGGGCGUGUUGCUUGUGAGAUUAAUGCAGGGGAUGAACUUGUAUUAACUGAAAUGUUGUUGAAUGGUGUAUUUAAUGAUUUAUCACCAGAAAUGGCUGCAGCCCUUUUAAGUUGUUUUGUAUUAGAGCGACCUAGUGAUAAGAAAUCAGGAUUUGUUAAAGAAGAAUUUUCUACAGUUUACAGUAAAUUACAAGAGGUUGCACAAAAUGUUGCUACAGUAUCUGUUGAGUGUAACAUCCCAUUGAAUAAAGAGGAAUACCUAAGCUUGUUUCCUUCGGAUAUGAUGGAAAUUGUUUAUAACUGGUGUUGUGGAAAACCAUUUACAGAAAUUAUAAAAAUGGGUGAUUCAAUUUUUGAAGGAGAAAUUGUUCGUACUUUUCGUUAUCUUGACGAUUUAUUACGAGGAAUGAUUGCAGCAUCAAAGAGUAUUGGGAAUAGUGAAUUAGAAGAGAAAUUUAAAGAGGCCAUUGAAAAAACAAGGCGUGCUAAAGAGGAGGAUAUUAGUCUUCUCCUAGCAGCUCAAACUUAUAUCGGAGCUAAAAAUUUAAAUGUUCAAAUGACUCCUUAUGUCUUUAAACGACGUCCAGAUGGUGUUCAUGUCAUUAAUAUUGGUAAAACAUGGGAAAAGUUGAUUUUCGCAGCCCGUAUCAUUGCGACCAUAGAAAAUCCUGCCGAUGUUUGUGUUAUUUCAGCUCGUCCAUAUGGUCAAAGAGCAGUAUUAAAAUUUGCAUCUUAUACACAAGCUCAACCUAUAGCCGGUAGAUUUACUCCAGGCACAUUUACAAAUUAUAUCACUCGCUCUUUCAAGGAACCCAGAUUAAUCAUAGUAACUGAUCCACGUAGUGAUCAUCAAGCUAUCAAAGAAGCCUCAUAUGUCAACAUCCCGGUGAUUGCAUUGUGUGACACAGAUUCUCCUCUUAAAUUUGUAGAUGUCGCAAUUCCAACCAACAAUAAGGGUAAACAUGCUAUCGGUUUAAUAUACUGGUUAUUGGCUCGUGAAGUUCUUCGUCUUCGUG